AUGUCGGAGGACUCGAGACCAAUCAUCAAGGCCUUAGAAGACGUCCUGGUCCGCCUGAGCGAGAACCCGUACCCUCAUGUGCCCUCUCCGCAAGGCUGCAAGAAGCGAGCCAGUGUCGCCGCCAUAAUUCGUGUCCGACCUGCCUACACCCCUGUCCCGCCUGACAAUGGCUCUGUGGUAGAAAUCAAAAGGCCUUCCUCUCCUCCCUCGUCGAUCAGCGAAUUCUUUUCGCAGGAAUGGGUUCAACAGGGUGACCCCGAACUCCUCUUCAUCAAACGCGCAGGCCGCGCAGGAGACAAAUGGUCCGGACACACGGCUCUGCCGGGUGGGAAGCGGGAUCCCGAGGAUGCAGAUGACCUAGCCGCUGCCGUCCGUGAGACAAGAGAAGAAAUAGGCUUAGAUUUGGACAGCGCCGAAUGUUUGCGCGCAGGCAAUCUGCCCGAACGACUCGUCACCACCUCCUGGGGCAGAGAUGUCCUGAUGGUUCUGUGUCCUUAUGUCUUUAUCAUGACUGGCAAAACAGUCCCUCCGGUCCAGCCACAGCCUACAGAGGUCGCCUCAAUCCAUUGGGUCUCGCUCCGCGCACUCCUCUCGUCCACCCUGCGUACAAGGGAGUCAGUGGACAUCUCGAGUCGAAUGGCCAAACGCGUCGGUCCUUUCAUACACAAGAUGAUCCGCAUGACAAUGGGUAAGAUGAUGUUCAGCGCAAUCCGGCUGAUCCCCACCGAGUCUGUCUACGCCAGUUCCAUCCCAGGCUUCAUCCCUACGGAGGGCGGUGACAAUCUAUCCCCCGUGUCUGGUUGGGCGCAAGCACCAUUCGGUGUACCCUCAUCGUCGCGAUCCCUAAGCUACCAACAACCCAUCCUGCUUUGGGGCCUCACUUUAGGGGUCCUAGCCGACCUUCUUGACCAGCUCCCGCCUUACAACGCCGUCAAAUUGUGGAAAUAUCCCACCUUCACGGUCCCCGAUCUCCGUCUCAUAGUCUACCUCAUGACACUUUCCUUCCGGAAGAACACCGCCGAGACAUUCUCCUCGGGAUCUUGGCCGAGCCAAACGGCCGUGGACUCCGCAACUCAGGCGACGGCCGUAGCAACUUCUGAACCUGUACCCACCGUUACGGAAGCGGAGCCCACUGAUCUUGCAAAGCAGCCCGCCUUCAACAAGGACAGCGUCGGCAUCGGCGGCUUAGGCGUGGGUUCCGACCCGCAGUAUGCAGUCGGAAGAUUGCUCUGGGGCUAUUACGACCGAGUCAAUGUGGCCAUCGCGGUCUUUUUGGCAUAUAGAGCGGCGGCCACGGCUGGCAUUGCAUUUUGGGCCUACAGGUUCUGGAAGAGACGAAGUGGUGCAUAUCUGUGA